CAAACCCAGCAUCGACAUGAACCCGUGGCCCAGGGACGAGCAGGGCGGGGACGAAUACAAAGAGCAUCACUCUUCCGAUCCGGAGAGUCAAGCUCUCCUGCCGACCACCGAGCAAGAGUGCAACGCCGAACCAAGACCGAGGUCCGCGUUCACCUGCUCGACGUUCGCGUCCCGCAUCUCCUGGCAGCCGUGCGUCGCGUUCUGUGCCGGUGUCUUGACAUGUCUGCUCCUACAAGUCCUCAUCGGCCCCCGUCACUGGCUUGGCGGAAACACAGACACCACUUCCUCGACACACGCUAACGUAUUGGCACCUCCAUAUGUCGGUUCCACUGAGGUUCAUCAAUUCCCGCCAGCGACUCCCACCAAUGUCUUUCCUUCAAUGUUUCCUACUGAGGUUGGCCAUGCUGGGCCUACUCCAACGGGCGCAGAGCCAGCGCUGAUUGCUACAGCGCCGUCAUAUCCUAUUCAUAGCGGAGCUGCACAUCUUGUUUCGCCUACUUUCAGCAAAUCGAGUGCUAAUAAGAGCGACUUUGACCUGUUCAAACAUUGGGGAAACCUGUCGCCUUGGUUCAGCGUAGGGAAGAGCGCAUUCGGACUGGACUCUAGCCCCGAAGCUCCUGACACUUGUCGUGUCACUGGCUUGCACCUCCUUCACCGCCAUGGAGCGCGGUACCCAACUGGCUGGGCAUCGUAUGGUGGUCCCGCCAACUUCGCUACAAGGCUCAACAAGGUAGCUUCCAAAUGGACAGCAAGUGGGGAUCUGUCGUUCCUCAAUGAUUGGACAUACAAGCUUGGCGAGGAGAUCUUGACUCCCUUCGGCCGUCAGCAACUGUUCGACCUUGGCGUGUCCACGCGGAUGAAAUAUGGUUACUUGCUCAAGAACUUCACGGAGAGCAACACUCUUCCCGUCUUCCGGACGGAGUCUCAGGAUCGCAUGCUGGCUUCGGCUCUUAACUUCGCUAUUGGAUUCUUUGGCUACCCAUUCGAGGGGCAAUACCAGCAGAGUAUCACCAUCGAGGAAAACGGUUACAACAAUACCCUCGCGCCGUACAAGACAUGCCCGAAUGCAGCAUUUUCAACGAAGGCAGACCGUGCAUUCCCAUAUGUGGAGCAGUGGGCAUCGAUCUACCUCAAGGACGCGCUUGCUCGACUCUCCCCCCAGUUGAAGGGCUAUAAUAUGACCAUCGAGGAUGUGUAUACCUUCCAACAGAUGUGCGCAUAUGAGACUGUUGCUAUUGGCUAUUCCAAGUUCUGUGAAUUGUUUACCGAGGAAGAAUGGGAAGGCUUUGAUUACGCCAUGGAUUUGUAUUUCUGGUAUGAUUCUGCGUUUGGCGCACCUCUCGCGAAGGUCCUUGGCAUAGGUUACGUUCAGGAACUCGUCUCACGUCUCACACACACUCGGAUCGAGACGCACAACACCUCGACAAAUGCCACGCUGGAUGAUAGUGACGUAACAUUCCCUCUGGACCAGAGCCUUUACGUGGAUGCGACUCACGAGGUCGUCGUUUUGCACGUAAUCACUGCACUCAAUUUGACAACGCUGGCUGCGAAUGGCCCGCUGCCCGCGGAUCACAUACCCCCCAAUCACUCCUUCAAGGCAUCGCAUUUAGCGCCAUUCGCCACGAAUAUCCAAUUCCAAUUGUUGUCGUGUAGCUCGGUACCUGAUCCGCAAAUCCGAAUCAUUAUCAACGACGGAGUGGUCCCUCUGACAGGCAUUAGGGGGUGUCCGGAGCAGAAGGACGGGAUGUGCUCUCUUGCGCAGUUCGUGGAAGCACAGAAAGAGAUCAUACAGGAGACCGACUGGGAAUACGCAUGUCAUGGGACAUGGGAGGUGCCUUCGGGCCCGGCCUGGAACACGACGACCGGGUCGCCCCCGCCCCGGUAGGUUGUCGGUAGCACACCUAGUCCCGGGCAUCCUGCUGUUGCAUCCGUAUAGAGUACUGGUGAUAUAAAUGAGAUACCACGGAGAACGUUGAUCACCCGCA